AAACGGUACAGAACUCAACCAACCCAACACCAAAAGAGUUGGCCAUGUUCAUCUCGUUUCCUGGUGAACUUUUCCUGAGAAUGCUGCAACUCUUGGUCCUACCUUUCGUUGUCUCAAGUGUUAUCAUCUCAUUGGCUACUUUGGACAAAAAGUCCGCAACUAAACUUGGAAAAACAGCAUUCAUUUAUUUUUUCCUAACAAGUCUUAUUGCAGCCGUUUUGCUGUCGUGGUUGCGGCCCUGUUCAUGAAACCAAACGUUCAAGAAACUCACAAACUUGAAAAACCCAAAGGAUCCAGUGCCAUCCACGCCAUUUUGGAUAUGUUUAGGUAAAUAUAAAAACAUUUUCUUAUUAUGACUUACGAUUCAAGCCAGAUUUUUGGAAACAAAACUGCAUUAUUACUAAUUAUAUAUUCAGCGCUACGUACGUCUUUUACAAUCGGCUAUCAUGGAUUUACGACACGAACACUGUUGCACGCCCCUACCGAGAAAACGUUUCAAACAAAUAAUUAAUAUUUUGUUAUAAUCUUUUUUCAGAAAUAUGGUUCCUGACAAUAUUGUGGAGGCAAGCUUCUCAUCGGUAAGUCAGCUGCAGACUGAUAUACCGUUCAGUUAUAUUAGAGUUCCAUUCAUUUAUGAGCAAAAGUUUUGAAUUAAGAAAUCGCGCGAGGCUCGUGUGUUAGUAAUAGAUUUUUUUUUAAAUUUGAAACGAUCUGAAAUUCGCUUUAUAAAAACGUCAGGAUGUAAGAACAGACUUGUCUUCCAUUGAUUUAUAUAUCAUUAUAAUUUUAUAACUAUAGUUAUUAUAUAUAUGACACUGGUGAAUGAAAAUUUAAUUUUGCUGUUUACCUUAAUUUCAAACUUUUUAAGUCUACUUAAAGUGCACAAGAUAUGAAAAUUUCUCCCCGAUUAUGUAUGCAUCACUUAAAAGUACCUUGAAAAUGAUGAAGAAUGGCCUUAACAAUUGAUUGACAGCUCAUCUCAUUCCCAAGUUAUAUAUUAUCGGGCAUUUUGUAUUUUGAGUUAUGUCGUCAGUAGUUAAUAUAUGCUUAUAAGGAUGCCAGCAAAAAGAAUAAAGUCCAAUAUCUCCAAAGUGAUUCAACGAAAUAAAAUUACAUUUGGUAUACAUUUCAGUAUACGUGCAACUGAGCAAACAUUUUGGAUCGUUUAUCUGGUUGUCAUAGAAACGCACUAGUUUUUUUUAUUUAAUUCAGUAGUUUAUAAUCACCACAGCACCUAUAAAAGCGAUAAUAAUAAAAUAAUGAAAAUCACAAAAUUUCCUCUCCUUUUUGUUGGAAGCAAAGCAUUGGACAAACAGGACAGAGAGACCUGGUAACUAGUAUUUUACUAUAUGGCAACCAUGCACAUAAACGUUCCAAGAUGUUUGCUUAUGUGCACUUACUAACUGUACCAAAUUUCAUUUAAUUUCGUUGAAUGACUUCUGAAGGAGUAGAUUUUACUCUUUUUACUGGCAUCCUUAAUUUAAGCACAACCAUGCAGCGACGUCAUAACACAAAAAUACAAAAUUGUUAAAGCCAUUCUUCAUCAUUUUCAAGGUACCUUUAAGUGAUGCGUAAAAAUUGAGGAGAAAUUGUCAUGUCAUGUGCGCUUUAAGUGCUUGGGAAUUUCCAUUGGUGCAUGGGAAUUUUCAUUUAUCCUUAACCACUAAAUUACCAUAAAUUAAUAAUAUUUAUAGACUGCAACGAAAUAUAAAUACACGCCGACAGAAUAUCGAUUCGAGAACAAAACAACCACCAGUCUGAUAUCCUCUGGUAAAAAUUUAUCCUCGUUUCUGAAGAAUGAAGUAGUGAAUCCAUGGAGCAUAUCACGGGACAAUGUUCAAGUAAUCAAAGAAGAAAGUGUACUUUCUGAGUACGAUGGUCAAGAGAAAUAUAAUUCAGCAAAUCUUUUGGGUGUUCUGACAUUCUCGGUUGUUUGUGGCAUAAUUUUGCACACUCUUGGAGAAGAAGGAAAGCCUUGGGUGGCCUGGUUUGGUUGCUUGUUUAAUGUUACAUUAAAAAUGGUAGAUAUAUUUAUGUGGUAAGUAUCUGUUAUUGUAAUCUCUAUUUGAUAAUAAAUUGUUGCAAAGUUAUUGCUUAGUUCUAUAUAAUUGUCUACCCGAUACUUUUCUCUAAUUUGCUUUGCUUUCUUUCUCUUGAUUCGUGGCAUUAAUUUGCUUUGUUUUUCCAAAAUUUUGUUUUUGUUCGUUUUUAAUUAGUUCGCUGAGAGUUCGCAAAUCUUAUUGGCCCUUAUAAAGCAGUGCGAUUUCAGUGUUGAAAUGGCAUCCCUAUUACAGUGCUGACCUCAGCCAACCAAUCAUAUUCAUUAAACAUAGGAUUCAAACAGCCAACAAUUUUAAGAAAGAUGUGAUAUGCCAAAUGAGCAAAACAAAGAAUUUACAUGUGUCAUUAUGACAAUAAUUACUCUUGACUGCCUAAGCAAGUUUUUGCUUAUAUAAAAUAUUGAUUACUAAACUAUCAAACAAUUUUAAAGAAUUUUUCACAAAAAAUAACAGGCAAAUUAAGGACAAAAUUGUCUUAAAAUAUGGUCAAAUCGCCAACAAAAGCAACUUUAAAGCGUCAGGUAAAACAAUUUAGUAAAAUUCGUUAGUUCCGAUGUUUGAACGCACAAAACUGCACCAAAACUCUAUCAAAUCGCUCGUAAGACCUAUAAUAUGUUUAAUUAAACGCACUUGUCUCUUAUUCUUUAUGAAACUCUUCAAUUCUUGCGGUGUUUCGAACGUAUAAAAUGCAAUUUGAUUCACAAAACGAGCAGUUCUUCUUGUUCGCUUACAGUAUAGUUGCUACGCUACGGCAUUUCGGGAGGUACUGGAGGCAUUUCUUUUGCAAACAAAAACGUUAACUUUAUUCAACUUCGUGUCGUGCAAUUUUUACUGAAAUCCAGAUUUUGUAGUCACGCGUUUGAUUAUAGUCAAAAUUGCACUCCAGUCAGUUCAAUUACCAUUAUUAAUUUGUUUUUAAUAAACGUUUUUUGUUUUGGACUUUUUAAAACGUUCUAUAUAGUAUAGUGUCCUCUAGCUUUUCGUUUUUUUGGUAAUUUCCUGUUUAAUCUCUCAAAAUUCUUAAUGCUAUUUGUUUUUUCAUCUUAAAAUAAAGGUUUUCACCCGUUGGUAUUGGUUGUAUUAUUGCUGGCGAAUUAGCAGCCAUGGACGAUAUCAAAGGGAAUGUUUCCAGUCUUGGACUAUAUACUGCAAUGGUGGUUAUCAUAUCCUUGCUUCACUGUUUGAUUGUCUUGCCAGCUAUAUACUUUACAUUAUUAAGAAGAAAUCCGUUUAUUUUAUUAUAUCGUGUAGUUAAGGCGUUACUUGCUGCCUUUGGAACGGCUUCGAGGUAGGAACUGAAAUUAAUUAUUCUUCACACUUUUUCCAUAAACCAUAUUGACGGUCUUCAGUUGUAUUGAAUAUUAAGUCAAUUGACACAAAUUUCUACUUAAAUUUUUGUUUUAGCUCUGCAACUAUUCCUAUUGCACAGAACUGCCUUGAAAAGAAUCACAAGCUUGAUCCUCGUGUCACUCAAUUUGUUCUUCCAAUUGGAACAACAAUAAACAAAGAUGGCGGUGCAAUAUACAUUGCUGUGGCCGCCAUAUAUAUCGUGAAAAUUUGUAAUGGAGAUUCUCUUAAUUUUGGAUCUGCUGUCUUAAUAUGGUAGGCAAUAUAUAUGGAAUCACUUUGAAACCUAAUCGUAUAUUAUGUUAUGCUUGAUUGAGCAAUUCAAGCGGCAGAAUAAUCAGAUCAAUUAUAUAUUGUGUAAAACUGUUGUAUACAUACUACGCUCUGAUUGUUCUCAUUAGUUAAACGAGCUGGUGGAAAUAUAUUUGUAUCUAUUUGUCAUUCCAUGCAACGGAUAUAACCACAGGGGCCCAAGCAUUGAUCUGUGUUUUAAUUGAAUUAUAACACUACAUUACACUAAUAUGUCAUAUAAUAAUAAUAAUACCUAUAGUCGAACAUAUAAUAACAACAUAUAAGUUGAUUUGUAUUUGUAUGUUUUUCAGUUUAUUUAAGAUCUAUUAUUAGCUUAUAUAAAAGCACCGCCUUUCGAACCUGACAGCCCGUUCGCAGGAUACGCGCGUUAUUUCGCACUGAAAAUAAGAAAGGAGACAAGAGAUGAAAUUACAAUACGGCGAUAUUUUAUUUUGAAGCCGUAUGUGCUUGUUAAAAAGAAUUUUAGCUUGAAAUUCAGCUACAUGAUAUGUCUAAGGCUAAAGUACAUAGCCAUUGAAAAAUUUUGUAAAAUAAAAGCCCUAGAGUCUUAUAAACUGCUAUAGUUUUUAAUAGCGACGUUUCGUAGCAUGAACUUGACUGGACUGGACUUGACUUGACUUGACUAGUGGACCUAAUGUAGUUCAUUUUAAAUUUUAAACAUUGAAACCGUUACGGUCGACACAAAUUGGCUUCUCACGUCGAGUUGUAGUCGAGUUUGCUUUCUUGUUUAUAUCAUUGAUUCCUAAAGGUUGACGGCGUUUAUUUGACACGAUACUCAUUGCAUAAUUAUCGGUCCACUCAAGUCGGGGCGUUCAUAAUACGAUAAACUUUAAGAGUUUCAUCCCUUGUCACGUAUUAAUAUGUUGCCGCCUCCUAUUUCAAAUCCCGCGCAUCUCCCACGCGCGUAUCCUGCGAACGGGCUGUCAGGUUCGAAAGGCGGUGCUUUUAAAUAAGCUAAUAAUAGACCUUAAAUAAAUAAUUAAAAAACAUACAAAUACAAAUCAACUUAUAUGUUGUUAUUAUAUGUUCGACUAUAGGAGUAUUAUUAUUAUUAUAUGACAUAUUAGUGUAAUGUAGUGAAAUAAUUCAGUAAAACACAGAUCAACGCUUGGGCUCCCUGUGAUAUAACGUCAUAACGAAGGAAAAUAAGUAGAUAACAAUGACAAUAAGGUUCAGAAAAUUAUUGAUAUGUACCAAAUAUUAUUACGAAAAUCACUAAACUGUCAACAUCCCCGCUAAGAAUUUCAAAGACGUUUGGAAUCAAUAGUUCCAAAUUCAAUUUUCGUUCAAUCAUGUGAUCAAAUUGUUUCAUCAUUUUGGUCACAUGACGUCACGAUUUGGCGGUGCUAAUUAUUCCCAGUCAACUGCAAAACAACUGGGUUUUUUUCCAGCAACUCGCCCCGCGUAAAAGCGGUCAGUAUAUAUUACAAGAUUGAGAUCAUAUUUUCGCUAAAAGGCCGGGAGAUCAUAAGAUAUAUAGAUUGUAUAUUACGAUUAUGGAGCUCUGAAAUGAAUAUAAAACGUUUGCAAUUAAUUAAACAAAUAUUUCAUAUAUUCUGUUGCAUAGACCUUCUUUCGGAUGUUUGUAACCUUGUUUACGUUUGAAUAAAUUGACUGUUGAGUAACGAAUUUCUGACGUUUAAUUCAAAACUACGCACCUGAUUGCAUGGAUAAUAAAAUUAGAAACCCAUAUACAAAAAUGUAUUCAUAACAAAAACAUGAAGUCAUGUGACCAAACGUCUUUGCCCGUUUGAAAUUCCUAGCGGUACGUGAUGUUGACAGUUUAGUGAUUUUCGUAAUUAUCUAUUAAUCACAUUGUAUGAAAAUUUAUUCUUAAUUCCUAUAUAUUUGUAUUUUUCAGUUUCGCAACAGUUUUAGCAUCAGUAGCUGCACCACCAGUCACUGCAGCAGCACCAAUAGUAACGAAGAAUUUAGUGUUAAGAGUUAUUGGUAUUGCUUCAGCUGACAUUGCAUUGAUACUUGCUGUUGAUUGGCUAAUGUAAGCAACUAUAUAUUAUAUACUUGAAAGAAAUUUAGUUGAUACAGGCAGUAAUUCUGCUCUCUACCAAUAUCUUCCCCAAUUCGUAAUUGCUUCAUUCCUUUUAUUAAAACUCAAUUUUCUUCCAAUAUACUUUACAUGAAUAAAAUUCCAGAAAAUUUGAAGUCAAACAAAACUGUGCAUGCAAAUGGAGUCAGCAAGUUGAACAGUAAUUAGGAAGAACUAUUUUAUUGUAGGCAUCGUGCAAACAUUUUGGUACCGACAUGUUUCAUUUUUGAGCUAUUAUUAUCAGUUUAUUUGAACCAAGACAAUCACAUUUUAUUAAAUAUAUAUAUAUACAUAUCAAACAGUCUGAUAUCUCAAAAACUAUAAGAUAAACAUAAAAGGUUUUAGGAGUUUUGUACAAUCAAUGGCUGGACCAGGUCUUCGAUUGAAAAAGGCAAACUAUCAAAUUGCCAAGUCGCACCCUCAUACUGAGCUGUUUAUUACGCUGCCAAAAGUACUUAUCUUUCCAAAUCCAUCCUUAUUUUAUUUAGAGAUCGUUUAGUGACUCCUGUAAAUGUUUGGGGAAACUGUGUCGCUUGUGCCGUCGUUGAACACUUAUCACGGGACGCACUUGAGCCAAUUGAUGAUGCCGGCAAAAGUGAUGACACAUAUUCUGACGUCACUGCAGAAACAAAUGGUGUGGCUAUCGACAUUAUUGAGGAAGAAGAAGAAAAUAAGGAAAAGAAAAAGGAUAUACAAAAUAUCGCUUAAAUUAAAUUCCAUAAAGAAGAAAUGAAUUAUUCUGAACAUUUAUUAUACGAAUCGAACGCGUGAUAUUUAUCUCACUACUGUUGUCACGUGAUUGGAUAUAUCGCCAGACCAAUUAAGAUAGAGUGUGUAUAUCAACUCAACGUAGUGGAUAUAUUAGAAUCCAGACAUUGCAUGCACAAGUACGUACUCUGUACUUGGACGUUACAUGACUAUCAAGUGUCAGUAAAAUUAAUAAACUAAAUGAAUUGUGUGUAGACAAUUACACACCAUGCACAAGAGUUUAUUUGAGUGCUUGUAGAAAAGCUCUUUAUAUUAUGGUAUUUAUGCAAAGUAUAUAGUCACGAUUUAAC